AUGAAUACAAAUAACACAGAAGGAAGAUAUUUGUUAAUAGUAUAUGAAAAAGUAUUUAAAAUAAUUUAUAUAAAGAAUUUAAAAGACAAUAAAGAUGAUGCCUCUAAAACCCCAUGUUUGUUUAUUUAUCGAGAGACUGGGAAGUGCUCCGAAAAGUUAAUAUAUAAAGAUAAUAUUCGAAAAAAAAGUAAAAAGUUUGGAAUGCUAUUAAAUGAGUUAAUAAUUGAUAAUAUAAUAGGUACAAUAGAAUCCCAUAACGAGUUAUUUUUAUUUGUUUGUGAAAAAUGGAAAUUGUUGUGUAAAUUUUUUUAUUUAAAUAAAUAUAGAAAUAUAUAUAAAAUUGAAAGGGUGCAAUAUAUACCAUAUAAUAGAAAUAUUUUCCCUAUAAAUACAACAAUAAAUAAUUUCCUUAAUAUUGAUGAUAAUUCAACGAGUUUUUUUAUUAACAAUUCAAAAAAUAAUGAAGAUAUACAUAAAAAGUUUGAAGUUGUAAACUCAGACCAGGUGAAGGAUAUAUAUGCUAACAUUAAAGAUUUGGAUAAAAAUCAAAAUUUUUUACAAAAUAAAAGAGAAGAUACUAACGCUGAUGAAAAAUACGAAAAUGGCUCAUUAAAUACUUCAAAUAGAAUAAAUAAUAAUGAAAUAAAAAUAGGGAAACUUGAAAAUAACGGAAUUAUAAUUGCAAAUGAAGAAUCGAGUAACCCUUAUCGUUUUAGUAAUGAUAUAUAUAAAAUAGACGAUCAAAAUAUAUGUAAUAAAUAUUUUAUGAAUAAAAUAAAUAAAUGUGAUGAUGAUACAACUAAUAAGAAUAAAAAAGAAUAUAUUGAAAAUUUAGAAAUUGUAGAAAACACUAUUGAACGAAAAUUUUAUGGCAAUAACAAUGAAGAUAAUCAAAAUAAUUUUAAUAAAAAAGAAGAAAAAAAUAAGCUGCUAAAUUUUAAUACAGCAAAAAAAUGGUUAACAAAUCAGUUUAAUAAUAAAAGUAUACUAAACAUAAUUUCAGAUAUAACCAAUUAUGACAAUAAAAAUAUGAAUGGAACUGAAAAACUUCCCUUAAAAGUUCAAGGAAGUAAUAAUGAAAAACAGCUUAAUACCAAAGAAAUAAAUUCACAAAAAAUUAGCACAAAUGAACAUACCCUUGAUGAUAAUGCAAUGCUACUUGAUCUCAUGAAUGACAAUAAUGAAUAUAAUUUAGUAAAUGCAAAUAUGGGGAAUAAUAAUAUGGGAAUAGAAUUAAAUGAUGCCUAUUCUAAAUGUUUUGAUAUGAAUGAUUAUGAAUAUUUAUAUAAUAGUAAUAAGAAAAAUGAAAUUAAAAAAACAGAUUUAACUCAAAAUAUAAACAGUGGGAAUCCCAAUGGAAAUGUUGAACUAGAAGAAAGGAAAGAUAAUUACAUUUCGGAAACAAAAAAUGAAAAUAAUUAUAUUAAAUUGCCAACAAAUUUUGAUUUUUUUAAGAAAGAAAAUAAAAAUGAAAUCAUUUCAGAUUAUCUAAUUGAUGAAAAGAAAAAAUGUUUAGAUUAUGGUUAUGAAAAAAAAAAUGAUGAUUCGAACAUAUUGAUCGACCUAGAUGAUGAUAAAACCAAUGAAACUUGUUUUAACGAAAAUAAAUGUGAUGAACAAGAUCAUAAAAAUUUUAUACCUUCUUUUAAUGAUGGAGAGAAAAAAAAAAAUGUAAUUGACAAGUCUUAUGAUAAUAAUAAUAAUAAUAUUGAGGACGGCCAAAAAAGUAGUGGCAAGCAAAGCAAAUGCAAAUAUGGUGAAAGUGUUAAAACUAUUAAUGGGGAUAUUAAAGAUUUGAUAAACAACUAUUAUUUUAAUGCUAGUAAUUAUGAAGAUACUGAUAAAAAGGAUUCUUAUUUUAUGGGUAUUAAAAAUGAAAAUACAGAGCAUAUAAAAAAUGAAGAUAAAUUAAUUUUAAAAAUGGAUAUUCAAAAGAUAUUAAAAAUGAUUCAAAAAAUAUUAUGUACACACAUGUAUUAUUCAUACGAUUUUGAUCUAACUCAAUGUAUUCAAAAAAAAAGAAGAAAAAAUAUUGAAGAGAAAGAGAAGGCGCCUUUAUUACAUCAUUAUUCCUCCUUAAAUAAAAGAAAAAGUUUUUUAAAAAUGUGUGAGAAAAAGCUUAUGUGGAACUAUCAAAUGAUUAAAAAAAUGAAAAACAGAUGUAAAAUCGAUGAUAAUUGGUUUUGCCCCAUUAUCCAAGGUUACAUAUCUUAUACAUCUAUCGAAAUGAAUAAAAAACGUAUAGAACUAUUUUUAAUAAGUCGAAGAUCUUCGAUAUUAGGAGGUACAAGAUUUAAUAAAAGAGGUAUAAAUGAUGAUGGGUAUGUAGCUAAUUUUGUUGAAUCAGAACAAAUUAUUAGAAUUGAUAAUAGAGAUAAUAAAUCUUAUAAAAGCAGAUUCGAUAAGGUAGAUGUGGAUAGUUAUGUUAAAAAAAUUGACAUGUCUAAAGAUAAAGAAAAUUCUGAAAUAAAAAUGAAGAAGAGCUUGUACGGAAUGGAAGGGAAAGUAAUGAGAAAUAAGGUACCCAACACAAAGGGAAUAGAUGUAAAAAAAUAUGAAGGAAAAGAAAUUGAAAUGAAAUGUUUUAAUAAUUUCCUAAUUGAUAAUAGUAGCAAUCAAGAAAUAAUCAGCAAAAGUGAUGUAAGCGAAAGAGAAAUGAAACCUGGAAAAAUGAGCAUAUAUAGAAAUAUUAUAAAUAAGCAUAUAUAUAAAAGAACAAAUGAAAUAGAUAGAAAUAAAUGUGUAAACAAUCUUUUAAAUUUUGAAAAUCGGAUUAUUUCGUUAGUUCAAAUAAGAGGCUCAGUACCACUAUUUUGGAAACAACAUUCUAUGUCAUCACAUGUGAAUAUUCAAAGAUCAUCGUUACUAAGUAUUAAAGCAUUUAAAGAGCAUAACAAAAAAUUAAUACAUAAUUAUGGUAAUAAUAUAUAUUAUAUAAAUUUGUUGAGUCAAAAUAAAAAUAAUGAAAAAAAAUUAACAAAAAAAUUAAUUGAAUUAAUAAAUUGUGUUAAAAAAGAUGAUACUUAUAAAGAAAAAGAUUUUCUAAAUUAUAUAGAAUAUGAUUUUCAUAUUUCAGUUAAAAAUAAAAGUUUUGAUGACGCAAUGGAUAGUUUUAUAAAUAAUGUUUUAUUAAAACAAAUAAAAAAUGUUUCAUUUUUUGUUGAACCAAUAAAUAAUGAAAAUAACAAGCAUCGAAAAAGCACAAAUAUUCGUAGUAAGCAUAAUGAAUCAUAUAUUUUUCAAGAUGGUGUUUUUCGAACGAAUUGUUUAGACUGUCUAGAUAGAACAAAUGUUUUUCAAUACUACUAUUCUUUGUUUUUUAUUUUAUACAUUUUAAAUGUUUCGAAAAAUGAUAAUUUCUUAAAUCCUGUUAAAAAAUCAAAUAUUAAUUUUCCAAAAAAUGCAAAUAAUAUAUUUAGCAACAAUGAAUUAGUAACUAUAUUAAGCUCAAUGGAGAUGGAUAAUUAUUUGCUCGAACCAACAGACAGAGUAGCAUCAGAUAAAUUGUAUGAUUAUAAUAAUAAUGUGUAUUCUUCAGGAUAUGGUUCAAAUCAAUUAAGCACUAAUAAUAAUUAUAAUAUAAGUAAUAGUGGUAAUGGUAUAAAUAAAAAAAAAAAAAGUAAUGAAAGUGGUAGUCAUAGUGCAGUGAGUUUUUUAUUAGAAGGAUUUAACUAUAUUAGCACAGGGGGAUUGAAUAAUGAACAUUUCAAUAAAAGAAACGAAGAAAAUAAAAAUCAGAAAAAUUCGAAUUUAAAUGUUGGAAAUAUGAAUGAUGCAUAUAAUGUAGCAAAUAGAAUUGAUAAAGGACAUAGACCAGAACAUAAUGAUGAAUAUGUAUAUGUAUUAAAACAUUUAUUUAAAAAAAUGUGGGUAGAAAAUGGUGAUAUUAUAAGUACACAUUAUACAGGUACAGGUAGUGUUUUUUCUUCCCAAAUAAAUGUUGGUCGAUCAUCAAUUAGUACUAAUAUUGAUCAUGCUAUUAAAUCGAUUGAAAGAUUUUAUCAAAAUAAUUUUGAAGAUAAUUUUAGACAAGAAUGUAUAGAUAUCAUUUUAUGUGCAGGUAAAUAUAGUAAUAAAAAUAAAAAACGAAAUUAUUUAAUUGGAGGCGAUUUUAAUUAUUUAUUAAAUUAUAAUAAUUUGAUAAAUAUGGAUAAUUUUAUCAAAUUAUGCAAUAAAAAUCCAUAUUUUUCUAUUCCUCAUUUUUAUCAAAACAUGAAUAAUAGUAAAGAUAAAACUCAAAUUAAUGGAAUAACUGAAAAUUCAAAUAAAUCCAUUAAUAGCGAUGCUUAUUUAACUUUAAAUACAAAAAAAGAGCACCUUUUAAAAAACAAACUUGAUAAAAGUACGAAAAAACGAAGAUUUAGAAUUCGAUUAUCAGAACGAUUAAGAAGAAAGUAUUAUUCAGAAACAGUUAAAUCUAUUCACGGUAUUAAUCAAGACGAAUUUGAUAGCAAUUCUAAAAACAAUGAAAAUUAUUUAAUAAAAAAUAAUAUACCUCACUCUACUGAACUGGGAAAAAUAAAUGAGCUUAAUGAAAAAACAGAUAAUGCAGAUAAUAAUGUUUUAAUAACAUGUGGAAAGAAAACGGGACAUAAAAAAAGUACAUCAAGUAGUGGUACUAAUAUUAUUAAAAAAGAAAAUGAACAAUAUGAUUAUGAAAAAUUAACUCACAUAAUUGCGAAAAAAUGUAGUAGAAGUAUUGAUAAUGUAAAGAAAAGUGAAAAACGUAAGAAACAUUUAAAUUAUAAUAAUAGCAAUAUUGGUGAUAAUAAUAGCAAUUAUAGUAAUAAUAAAAAAACAGGAAAGGAAAGAAAAAAACACAAAGGCAAUUUAAUAUAUGUAAAAAAUUUAUAUAAAAAAAGGAAUUAUAUAUAUGGUUUUCGAAGUAAAAAUAAAUUUGGAGAUUUACUAAGUCAUGAUUUGAUAAAUCAAUAUUAUAUGAAUAAUGAAGAUUCCAAAUUUACACAAAAUUAUAUAAAAAGUAAAAGUAAAAAUUACAACUAUGAAGAAAAAAUAAUCAAAUUAUGGACAGGAACGUGGAAUUUAUGUGGAAGUGAUAUAUAUGAAUUAAAUGAUAUAUCUUCAUGGUUAAAUGAAAAUAAUGAAUAUGUUGAUAUUUAUGUAUUUUGCUUUCAAGAAGUUGUUGAAUUAACUGGAUUUCGAAUUCUAAUGAACAUGAAAGAUAAAUUUAAGGAAAAAAAAAUAGAACAAAAAAUUACACAAACAUUAGCAGAAAUUUCACAGAGACAAAAAGAAAUGUAUUUAAAAAAUCAAGAACAUCAUAACAAAAGUUAUUUCAUAGAUAAAAAUAUUUCAAGAAAUGAAGACAAUACAGAAUCAAACAAAGAAUAUUUUUACGAUAACUAUAUAAAAGAGGAUAGAAACUUUAAUCUUAACGAAAUGAAUGAAAACUAUAAAAAUGAUGAUAAUUUAGAUAUAUCUAAAAGUGCAUUUUUAAAUAAUUGUUUUAAUAAUUUAAAUAAGGAAGAUAACCAAGGUAAUAAUAAUGAUAACACUUCAUGCCCAUAUAAUAAAAAUUAUGAAUUUCAACAUGAUUAUAAUUAUGUUGGUAACGAUUUUAUUUCUAAAGAAAAUAAAAGUGAUCAUAUCGAUGCUCUUAUAGAUAGUAAAAAUGUUAGAAAGGAAUGUGUUGAUAGCGAAAAUUAUAUUUUUAAUGAAGAUGGUGAUAAUUUGAAAAAUAAUAAUAAUAAUAAUAAUAAUUUUCUUAAAAAUGAUGAAAAUAAUACAUUUUUAACAACACAGCAAUUAAACAUAAAUGGUACGAGACUUAGUUGUAGUGUAAAUGAAAUAUUUGAGGAUAGCGCCUCAGUAACUUUGGCCAAAGAUAUAAAUAUUUUAAACUCUGGUAAAAAUGAUAGUAAGUUUUUUAAUAAUGAAAAUUUAUCAAAUUAUAUGGGUUUUAAAAAUAGUAAUAUAUAUACUAAUAUACAAGGAGGAUUUGAAACGCAUAAUAAUAGAUUCGAUAAGGAAAUGUAUGUAUCUAAAAAUUGUAAGCAAAAUGAUGAAAAUAAACAAAAUGAUGAAAAUAAACAAAAUGAAAAUAUAACAAAAUCAAGUGCUAAUAGUAGCUUUGUAAAUGCCAAUCACAAUUUUGACGAUAAUAAAAGAAUGUAUAUAAACAGAAAUAUAAAUACCCAUGACAAUUGCACCAAUACAAAAAGUACUUAUAGCGGAAAGGACUCGAAUCGAAUGGGAAAAAAAAACGAUAUGAAAAAAGAUAGUAGCACAAGCAAUAAUAGUAGAAAAAGGAAUGAUAUGAAACAUGAUAAGUUUUUAAAAAAUGGCCAAAAUUGUAAUAGUAACAAUAAUAAUAAAUACUUUUUAGAUUUAAAAAAAUUUAAAUACGUGAAAUUAAAAUCAGUAUCUAUGAUAGGAUUAUUUAUCAUAAUUUUUAUUGACGAAGGUUUGGUUGAUCAUAUAAGAGAACUUGAUGUUUGCAAAGUAAAAGUUGGGUUAAAGGGAAAUACAGGUAAUAAAGGGAGUGUAUCUGUUAAAUUUAGAUUGGGUUUUAAUUCAUUUUGCUUUAAUAAUAUUCAUUUGGCAUCAGGGCAAACAAACAUUUUCGAAAGGAACAGUCAAAUGCAAAGUAUAUUAAAUAAUAGUUUUCAAAGCCAAGAAUUAAAUAAUUUAUUUAAUUUUGAUUAUUUUUUUGCUUGUGGAGACUUUAACUUUAGAAUUAAUAAAAACCAUGAAGAAGUUUUUAAAUUCAUUUCAAAUAAAAAUAGUAUCCAGUUGUUGAAUUAUGAUCAAUUUAUAUAUAAUAAACUUUAUAAUAUUUUGCCCUUUUGUUUAUUUUAUGAAAAUCCAAUUACAUUUAACCCGACUUACAAAUAUAAAAAAAAUUCAAACAUAUAUGAUGCUCGAAGAACUCCAGCAUGGUGUGAUCGAAUACUGCUUAGUGGAAAAUUAAUACAGCUAUCUGAAUUGGAGAAAAAAAGAAAAGAGUUUAUGGAUCGUGAAAUGAAAUCUGAAAAGGAUAAACCAGAUAACAUUGUAGAGAAUAAUAUUAGCGAAAAUGUGACUAAUAAGGAGAUGAAUAAUGAUAACAAAAAUAACGAUUUUUAUUAUAACGAUAGAAUAUAUUUCAAACAUAUGAAUUAUAAGACACAUAAUAAUUUUUUUUCAAGUGAUCAUAAGCCUGUUAGUGCAAUUAUAGAAUUAAAAGUUUUUUUUGAUAAAAAAGAUAUUGAAUAUAAAUCGAAUAAUUCGUAUAGCGUUAUAGAAAAUGAUGAAUUCAAUAAUUUCACCAAAAAUUCUAGCAACACAAGUAAUAGCAGUAAUAAUAAAAAUAAUUUGUUAGAUUAUUUUUUCCCAAAUAAUUAUGGAAUAAGUAAAUAUACUACUUAUCCAAUAUCACAAAUUUUAAAUUAUUCUCAAAAUCUUAAUAACAAAUUAAAAAAUGGGGUGAAUGAAAAUAAUUUUCACCAAACUCACAUUUCCAAAACCGACCAAAUUGACGAAUAUAGCAUUUCAAAUGAUAAUAAUGAUUUAUAUUUUGCCAAAAAAAUAAAUUAA